GUUCGUUCCUACGUUAUUAUUACAUAUGGUAGUUUUGGACAGUCUCAUAAAACCCUUGUUACGUUGCAUUAAUAUCUAUAGUUAGUCACAACACUUCAUUAGUUUUCAAUAUGUUUUCAACGGCUACUGCAGACGGUGUUCCGACGCCGUACAAUUCUACGGUGGCGACGAUGCUGGGGCGGCGGCGGAUUCCGAUACACACGACGUUCUACUGGGGGCACAAGGUGGACAUACUGUUCCGGUGCUGGCCCGGGGACAGCGCCGCCAUGUACGCGGUGGCGCUGCUCCUCGUGUUCUUCAUGGCGGUGCUGGUGGAGUGGCUCUCGUUCACCAACAUAGUGAAGCUCAAGCCCGGGGGCUCAAACGACGUCGUUGGGGGGCUCCUCAAGACGGGGCUAUACGGCGUGCGUUCCGGGCUCUCUUAUAUGGUGAUGCUGGCCGUCAUGUCGUUUAAUGGGGGUGUGUUUGUCGUUGCAAUUUGCGGCCACGUCAUCGGGUUCUUGAUUUUCGGGACGCGGGCUAUAAGGAAGAAAUCGGAUGGGUUGGACUCAUCGAAACCGUAGGGUGUGUCCGGUUUGGAGGUUUGAGAGGAUACCGUUGGAUACUAUGAAUAACGUGGAUCGUGAGGCUGUGCUUUUUCUGAAUUCUUGAGCAAAAUAAACGAAUGAAAAGAGUUGAAAACGGCGUGGUUUUGCCUCUGCAAUGGUAAACUGCCAAGAAAAAGAAAUUGUGAUGGUGUUUUUGGAUGUUAGAAUAACGGAGCCAACUUUGGGUCUGUUUGCGUUAUUUUAUAAUUCCGUUUCAUGAAAGUGCAGAAAAAUAAAAAUUAUUCGAUGUUUUUCGAAAUUCAUGCAUUAACUAAUCAUAGUAGCAAAUUUGUGCGAGGUUGCAGAGUAGCUUUUAUGCUUUUUACCUAGAUUUUAUGACAGUGUAUUUGGAUA